UGAAAAGCUUUUAAGCAGUCAAUCUCCUUCGUCCUCUUCAAGAGAGAGAGAGGAGAAACCCUUCUUUUUCUUUUGUUGUCUUUAAUUUAGAUUUGUAAAAAGACAACAAGAAAUGGAAGAAAAUCUUCCUCCGGGAUUCAGAUUUCAUCCUACAGACGAGGAGCUCAUAACUCAUUAUCUAUGUCGGAAAGUCUCCGAUAUUGGAUUCACCGGUAAAGCUGUCGUCGACGUUGAUCUCAACAAGUGUGAACCUUGGGAUUUGCCAGCCAAGGCUUCAAUGGGAGAGAAAGAGUGGCUUGAGAGCAAACAACCUUUCAACCCCACAAAUAAGGAGGAAUGGGUAGUGUGUAGGGUUUUCGAAAAGAGCACGGCAGCAAAAAAAGCACAAGAACAACAACCUCAAUCUUCUCAACCAUCUUUUGGAUCUCCAUGCGAUGCAAACUCAUCAAUGGCAAAUGAGUUUGAAGAUAUUGAUGAGCUCCCCAAUCUGAAUUCAAACUCAUCAACCAUCGAUUACAAUAAUCAUAUCCAUCAAUAUUCGCAACGCAAUGUUUACUCAGAAGACAACACUACAAGUACGGCUGGUCUCAACAUGAACAUGGCUAGUACUAAUCUUCCGUCUUGGACAACAAGUCUACUUGGUCCGCCUUUAUCUCCAAUCAACUCUUUGUUGCUCAAGGCUUUCCAAAUUAGGAACUCUUAUAGUUUCCCAAAAGAGAUGAUCCCCAGUUUCAAUCAUUCUUCUCUUCAACAAGGAGUCUCCAAUAUGAUCCAAAAUGGUUCAAGUUCGUCUCAAGUGCAACCCCAACCGCAAGAGGAAGCGUUUAAUAUGGACUCCAUAUGGUGAAGGGAUUCAAAUCACGUAUAUUAGAUUUGAAUUACCCAACUUGUUCUUAUGUAAUCUCCAUCAAUUUUAUCAAUUGUACCAUUUACACAAACAUACAUAGAUCAUUUAUGGGAUCAAGUAAAUUAAUUAGUGCAUC